AUGAUGUCUGCAAUCACACCGCCCGCUCCAUUCAACCCAACCGGGGAAGAUUGGGAAGCUUACAUGGAGCGAUUCUAUAUGUUCAUGGAGGCGAACGAUCUGCUGAGCUUAUCAGAGCAGAGGAAGAGGGCCCUUUUCCUCACCCAUUGCGGCCCGGCAGUGUUUAAAAUGGCAAAAACGCUUGCCGCCCCAGCCGAUCUGAAGACCAUGACCUGGACAACGUUGCAAGAAAUACUCAAGGCACACUACGCACCACAAGCAUCAUCCCUGGUAAGAAGGCAUGAGUUUUAUCGGAGGGACCAAAGAGAGGGAGAGACAAUCAGUGCGUUCGUGGCGACCUUGCGGGAAAUAGCUGCCGCAUGCGAUUUCCUGAAUCUAGAAGAGGCCAUGAGGGACCGUCUAGUACUGGGACUGAGGGACCUCACAUUACAGAGUAGGUUGCUGGCCCGGCCUCAAAUUACAUUCAAGGAGGCCUUGGAAGAAGCAUCCGCAACCGAAGCUUCCCAGAAAUCGGCGGCGGCUAUGAAGCAAAUGAAAAGCGGGCCGCCCGUAAAGGAGGAGGCGGCCGUGCACUAUGAAAGAGUGGAAUCGGGUUCGGAGGAAGAGGACGAGGAGGAUGAAGUCCAUCACCUCCGAGCCGAUCGCAAGGAGAGACAACAGGGGAAGAGAGAGGCCUGGUGCUCGGGAUGCGAAGGGAACCACCCGAGAGCCGAAUGCAGAUUCCGGGACGCUAUCUGCCAAAGAUGCGAAAAGAAAGGGCACAUAGCGAGGGUCUGCAGGGCAUCCCAGCCAGCCUCAAGGAGGACCAGACCCCCCCGAUCACCAACAAACAACAGAAAAUUCCAGACAAGUGGGAAGAGACAACCGUUUGGGCGAGGACAAAGAAACGAUGACCAUCAGGCGGAUCGAGGCGAGACCCAUCAAACCAUCGUGAUCGGCCAUGCCAGCGCGGGAAAGGCAAAUAAGAUGGCGGCAACAGUCUUGAUCGAGGGGAGACCCUGCAGAAUGGAGGUGGACUCGGGAUCCAGCCUAUCGAUGGUAUCCUGGACAACAAUCAAGAAGCUCCUGCCACACAUCACAGCCCGCGACCUCAAACAACAGCGCCUCACCCUCAUCGACUACCAAGGGAACCGAAUUCCUGUGGUAGGCAUUGGCAAGUUCAACGUAGCCUACAAGACAUUCAAAGCCACGCUACCCCUCACGAUUGUGGACAGAGACCGGCCCAGCCUGCUGGGCAUGGAGUGGUUCGAGCCAUUGGGGCUAGCCAUCACCGGCGUCGAUCACAUCAGAAACGACACCUGGGAGGAGGACCUGAUGAGGGAGUUCGCAGAGGUCUUUAACAAUGAGCUAGGCAAGUACAAAGGGUCCCCAAUCUCAUUCAAUUUAGACCCCCAGGUAGCCCCAAUCCGAAUCAAACCCCGGAGAGUCCCUUUUGCGCUACGGCCAAAAAUAGACGAACAAUUAGAUAAACUGGUCGUGCAGGGAGUGUUAGAGCCAAUAGACCACGCGAGAUGGGAAACCCCCAUCGUGACACCGAUUAAACCGGACGGGGGAAGAAUCUUCGCAAAAUUGGAUUUAGCACAAGCAUACCAGCAGCUGCCCGUAGAUGAAGCCACCGUGGAAGCACAAACCAUCGUUACACACAGGGGCGCAUUCAAAUGUAAGAGACUGCAAUUUGGGUUCCUGGGAUACUUGAUAGAUGAGUCGGGAAUUAGACCCACCCCCGGGAAGCUGAGAGCGAUCAAGGAAGCACCCCCCCAAAAAAAUAAAACCGAACUGCAGGCAUUUUUGGGGUUGCUUAACUUUUAUAAUAUCUUCCUACCGCAGAAAGCUACCACUGCUGAACCACUCCACCGGCUACUGGACAGGAAGGCAGAAUGGAAAUGGGGGGAGCGAGAGAGGAAAGCGUUCGAAGACAUAAAGAACCUUUUAACGUCAGACAGAGUUUUAGUGCAAUACAGUGGGACAUUACCCAUAAGACUAACUUGCGAUGCAUCCCCCUUCGGCAUCGGAGCUGUAUUGAGCCACAAGAUGCCUAACGGAACAGAGGCCCCCAUUGCAUUUUUCUCCCGGACUUUGUCAAAACCCGAACGGAACUAUAGCCAAUUGGACAAAGAGGUGUUAGCCGCAGUAGCCAGAAUAAAAAGGUUCCAUGAGUAUCUCUACGGUCGGAGUUUUGAACUAAUAACCGACCACAAGCCAUUGUUAGGCAUCAUAGCAGGGGACAAACCAACACCCCCCGUUUUGUCACCCAGAAUGCUAAGAUGGGUGGAGUUUCUGGCGGCCUACAAGUACACACUGCUCCACCACCCGGGAAAAUCAAUCGACCAUGCAGACGCCCUCAGCAGGUGCCCACUUCCAGAAACGGGGGAGGAUCCAGCGCCAGCGAUGACCACCCUGCUAAUCGAGACGAUGGAGGAAGCCCGAAUUUCUGCAGCUGACAUCGCGAGGGCCACCUCAAAGGACAAAAUACUGGCGCGAAUUUUAAAUUGGAUCUGGAAGGGGUGGCCGGAGGAAAAAGACAUAAGCACAGAGUUCCUGCCAUACAAACGGAGGCAAAAUGAACUGUCAGGACUAAGGGGGUGCGUGUUGUGGGGGGAUAGAGUCAUUGUUCCAAACACACUAAGACAACAGACACUCAGAUUACUCCACGACGGGCACCCGGGGAUCGUGAGGAUGAAAGCCCUGGCCAGAAGCUACGUGUGGUGGCCCGGGAUGGACAAGGAAAUCGAGACGUGGGUGUCCUCCUGCGCAAACUGCCAAGAGUCGAGGGCAGCACCAAACUCAGCCCCCGUCCACGACUGGGAAAACCCGGGAACACCAUGGGCCAGAUUGCACAUCGACUUCGCAGGGCCGUGCAAAGGGAAUACGUUCCUAGUCAUCGUGGACGCAUAUUCAAAGUGGCUCGAAGUAGUGCUCAUGUCGACGACCACAGCAGACGCAGUGAUUAAAGUAUUGAGACGCCUAUUCGCCACACAUGGGAUUCCCGACCUCAUAGUCUCCGACAACGGGCCGCCGUUCACAUCAAACACCUUCGAGAUGUUCCUCGCUGACCAAGGAAUAAGGCACGCCUUAUCGGCCCCCAAAAAACCUUUGAUGAACGGUUUGGCGGAACGGAUGGUGAGAUCUACAAGGGAGACGCUUAUGAGAUUAGGCCCAGGGGACAUUCAGGCCAAAUUAGAUAAACUAUUAGCCAUCCAGCACAUUACACCAAGCGCCACGACCCACCGAAGCCCAGCAGAAUUAUUAAUGGGCCGUAAGCUGAGAUCCCCUCUGGACAGACUGCACCCGCAGUACAGCACAGAGAAGCCAACCAACUCCACGAGCAGAAUCCGAGAGUUCCAGCCAGGGGACAGAGUCUACGCAAAAAACCUGAGCGGAAACCCACUCUGGGUACCAGCAACAAUAACCCAGGUGACGGGGCCCCUGUCCUACCGGGUCCAGACAACAGACGGCCAGCACUGGAAAAGGCACAUCGACCAGCUCAGGGGAAGAUUAACGAGAGUCGAGAGGGAAACCCAGCACAACAACCAGGGGGAAGGAAAAGACACGCAAGUGGUACCAGAGUGGGCCAAUACACAAACGCCAGUUCUGGACACGCCUAACACCAGCCCGGAAGAAGAUAACAGCGAGCACGUACCUGAGUCCACGGAGGAGGCGACAGGCGCCGAAAGGAGCCGGCGGAGACAGCCAAGUAAAGUGGGAGAAGGAGGCGAAUCCACGCCGGAGACCGAGUUCGAGAGAGUUCCGGAGCCCACACAGAGGAAGCAGUGGACCUCAACCUCUCAACCCGAAGGCACCGGAACGACUGAACUGCGCAGGUCCGGUCGAACCUCCAAGUGA